GCUUGUACGCGCGCACUGUGGCACCGGGCCAUUUCUUGAAGAUUCUCAAAGGUCAUCUGAGGAAGCAUGAGGAUCAUCCGGUAUCUUGUGGCUGUGCUUGUACUUUGUCCUGGAAGGGAUGUAGUGGGACUUUCCGAAGAGUCCCGACUGAUCACGGACCUGCUGCAGAACUAUGUAUCCAAAGCGAGGCCGGUGUUGGAGAGCGAAACGGUGGUGACAGUUUCCAUUGACAUCUCACUGGCGCAGAUCAUCCGAGUGGACGCCAAGAACCAGCAGAUUGUUACAAACCUUUGGAUGAGACUGGUGAGUUCAUGAGUUUUUUUAACGUUAAUAAGCAA